AUGGAUUACUUAAAAGAUGAUGAGAGUGAUUUUUAUAACUCUUUCUAUAAUCAACUACCAACAAGCUCUUUCAAUUCACUUAUUGGUGAAUAUAAUUAUCAAUUAAUUGAUGACUUUUCUUUAAUUGACGAUUUUAUUUUCAAUGGAGUACCAGAUACUUCUAAAUUAAGUAUCAAAUUGGGAUUGAAUAAAACAAAUUCUAGAAUCCCAGCUGAUAAUGCUUUGCCAUUUCCAUCAAACUUUGUGGAUUUACCAGGGUUAGGGAUCUUAUUCCCAUGUAUGGAAGAACAAUAUGAAAUGAAAGAAAUAUCACCAUGUAAUUCACCAAAUCUACUCCCUGCCGAGAUCAAAGAAAACAAUUACACUCCAGUAAGUAUUUUAACACCUCAAACAACCCCACAACCACCCGUGGUGAAAGGCUCAAGAUAUAAGUUCCCCAAACCAUAUAUAACCGAAGGUAAAAAAACAACUAAUAUAUCAAUGUUAUCAAAUUUCAAGAACGUUCCUAAAUACAUAAAUAAGAUAAUUGGUUGUAAUCACUGUGACAACCAAUUCAAUCAAAUGAAAGAAUAUGCUCUACAUUUAGAUGAUUUUUCACUAGACCCAAAUAAUUUUUGUCCUGAUGCAAAAUGUGUGUUCAAUAAAAUUGGUUUUUUGAAGAAAAUGGACUUGAGAGUUCAUAUUUUGAAUACCCAUUUAUCGCAUAUAAACUGCCGUAAAAACAUUGAAGAUAAGAAAACUGAAAUAAAUAAAAUAAGUCCAAAGUUAUAUAAAAGUUUCCUACUGGUUUUAUACGUUUGCAAUGACGAAAAUUGUGCUAGAAUUUUUUAUAGAAAAGAUGCAUUAACAAGGCAUUGUAAGAAGUUACAUUGUGAUCCUACACCUUCUCAAUGCAACAAGAGAAGAAAGAAAAACGACUCAAAUGAUGUUUUUUAG